CUCCUCUCCAAGGCCAACGCAAGCAUCGGAAGCUCGAGAGGAUCAAAGAGAAGGUGUUCUUCCUUGAUUUGUCUAAGGGAUUUGCUUUCCUUUCUCGUUCUCUAGCUUGUGUUUGCGAUGGAUCCAAGACGUGCAUCUGUCAGCAACCUCACCUGUUGGCAUGGGAAGCCCGACGAGCAGAGUUGCGUCAACUAUUUAAAGAGCGGGUUGCCCCGCCGCAUCCUGUACUACAAGCGUGGCGAGUGGACGGAUUUUCCCGAGUCGGAGAGGAAGGUGAUCAUCAACGGAUGCCGCCACCAGAUGCCCUGUAUGUACGCCUUGUUUGGUUGCGAGCUAGUGCUUGUUGACCUAUUAUGCAUGGUCAUGUCGAACUUGACGACAAAGAAACGUAACUCCGUGGCAUGGAUCGACGAGGCCGAUCGAUGCUUCUUCCCUAGCCAAUCAUUCGACGAGGGAGCCGAUGAACCCAGUGAGCAGGUUUCUGGUGUGGUCAGGCCACAGGCGUCUUCUGUUCCGCCCCCUCCUGCCCCGGAGGCUAACGUACACAAUCUGCAGAGGGACAGUUCAACCUUCGUCCUCAUACGGAAAAUUUUCCUUUCGGGGAUGCCAUCCUUUGUUAAACCCGAGAAUGUAGUGUGCAUACUCGAGUAUGUUCCAAAAGAUACUUCCGCUCUAGUGCAACACCAUGCAUUUGAGAGUCAGCUGAGAUCCAGGAUAGAGAAGCGUGGGGAUGCAAAUGUCAGGGACGCAUGGUUUGGAUCAACGACGCAGGAAAUCUUCAGAAUUCUGGCCCAUGGAUUUGGGUCGGCGGUCGCACCCACCGCAGGAGCAGCUUUCGGCAGCGGCAUCUACCUUACGCCAUGCGGGCGUUCCUUCUCCAGCGUCAAUCUUUGUGGUGCUGACCAGAACGGAGUACAGUGCAUGCUGCUAUGCCAAGUCAUCUUGGGAAAGGAGGAACUAGUCUGGCCUGGUUCCAAGCAAAACUCACCCAGCAGCGAUAAGUAUGAUUCUGGGGUGGACAACCAUGCUGAACCCAGGUGUUACGUGGUAUGGGCUCGACAUGCAAAUAGUCGUACUCUUAUUCUUCCUAAAUAUGUUGUCGCUUUCAAGUUGCCACCGAAUCUCCAAGCGUACUUCUUUGAUCUAAGGGAUGUCCGCUUUGACAAGUAUCCGAUAAGAAACAUUCCAGAUUUCAAUCGGCUCACUGGUCCUGUGAGCGUCCCGACCUUCUCUCCUCUGCUGAGAGAAAUGUACGUGGCACUUCCAGAUGUGGCACACCCGUUGCUGUAUACUGUGGUGUACGCUAUGGUGCAAAACCACAUUUCUCCGAUAGACAAGGAGUUGCUCUACCGCCAUCAUCUUGAGUUCCAGGCCUUUGCGUCAACUGAUGAUGAGUUCUUUAGGAAGAUAACGGUGAUUUUAGGGGAUCGGCUUCCUGUAUUUGAACUAAACAGAACCAGAGAUCAUACGGGCGGAGUCCAGCGUGGAUGAUGCCAUGUCGAGGAGGAAGCCAAACAGCAUUGCUGCAAAGAAGGCUAAUGACUCGAGCGGCCACCGAGGGAGCUUAGCUAUCAGUUCAUUGCUUCACAUAAGAUUUCUGAGCCCAUUGGCUCUUUCGAUCUAUGUUUACUAAACCUAUAGUAAUAAUUCCUUUCACCGAUGUAUGUUCCGUGGCUAUCAUUUGGCUCAUAUAUA